UCAUAGGUGUCACGACAUCGAUGUACGAGAUCGGAGUCAUUUUGUUCAAGAAGACAAGCCUUCCAAGGAACGCAGUUUUGAGCGGCAUAUUUUUUAUUUGCAUUGAAGACCUCAAUCUGAAGUUUAUUCCACUUAAAGGACAGACUACUGGGCAGGACUUAUUUUCUUCUUUUCAAAGUAUUAUUUCUUCUGAGAAAAUUACAAAGUCGAAAAUGGCUCAUGAACCGAUGGCGCUUCAGCUAUGGUGGGUCCUGAAAAGGGUCUCGUGGGGUUAUGGCGUAAAUAUGAAAGUUUUCCGUAAAUUCUCUGUUACGACUGCAUUAUCCAUCAGCAAGCAUUAUGAGAACGUUUUCUAA